AUGUCCUCGCACAAAGGCAGCCGCCUCGGACCACGUGUGUCUGCUCGCCAGCGGGAGAUAUUGGUGGAGUUCAUGGAACGUCACCCCUACCUCGUCAAACCGUCGUGUGCUCUGAACCCGGAGCUCACGGCAGCGCGCAAAGAAGAGUUGUGGAAGGAACUCGUCUCGCUCCUGAACAAUGAAGGCCCAGCCGUGAAAACUGUGCACCAGUGGCGCGCCUUCUGGAACAAGGAGACGCACGACGCCCGCCACGACGCCGCUGUUCACGCCGCAGAGCACAGGGGCACUGGGGGUGGCAAGUUGCCUGGACUGCGCGGGCGUAUCCUUUCGCUGGUAGGGGUAGCCAGUGCAAUUGGAGUAUGCCCCAAUUUUUUUGAAGACGCCGAAGAGGUCAGCGAAGAGCCAAGAGCUGCCGAGAGCCGGCCCAGCGGUAGUGUGUCCGUUGGUGAACAACCGGGUACGAGUGGGAUUCAAGCACGCCUGCAGCAGCAGCCUCAGCAGCCCGUGAAGCGACCCGCGCCUUCGGAAGGCGAAGAUGGCGGUAGUAGGAAACGCCCACGGCAGGGUGUCCCAAGCAGAAGCAGGUCCCCCAGAAUGGAUGAGGUGGUGGCAGAUCUGUCUGCGAGUUACGGUCAUUCAGUUGACCUGUAUGACCAGAACCUAACUGUUCUGCAGGACCUCGCGACUGGUGUCCGGGCGCUCACCGAUGCUAUAGCUCAGCAGGCUGCUGACAUCGCUCAGGUGGGAGACACCUUGCUCCGCCAAACUCUGGCCCAGGAACGCCUGGCUACUGCUGGAGAGCGACAAGUGCAGCAGAAUGACAUGAUGCUGCAGGAACUCCGCACCUUGACUAGGAUGGCCCCAGCAUUGUUAGUACUGUUGCAUCAGUCGCUUGGAAAUGUGGUCAGCAUGUUCUUCGCUAACAUCAAUGCAAGCGGCACCAUCUACAAGAGCUAA